GACGGGCGCGGCAUGAGGCGCAGGGCGGGCGCGGAGGAGGCUCCGCGGGGCCAGGCCCCGGCCCCGGCCCCGGUCCCCCACGACGCCGACCCCGAUCCCGAUCCUGAUCCCGAUCCCGAUCCCGAUCCCGGCCCCGAGGAGCGCAUCGCCGCUCGCCGCCGCCGCAUCGCCGCCCGCCUCGAUGCCAAGCGCCGGCAAGCCCUUGGAGAAGAUGAGAAGCCAAAGGAGGAGGCUAAGGAGGAAGAAGAAGAGAGAAGGAGCCACAAGGAGGUGGAGGAGAGCCAGCAGAGGCUGGCCAAGCUGCUCUUCGAAGGCACGCAGAUGGUGACAAACAUCCAGGUGGCUGCUGACUCCAGGGAAACGCAGAGGAGGGCGGAAGAGGCAGAGCUGAAGCAGCAGAGGGUGAAGAAGCUGGAGAAUGAAGCCAAGUCCAGCGCCUCCGAGUUUGAGAAGAUCACCUCCAAGUGGGCCUUGGCUGAGGAUGUGACGGUCCCGCAGGAGCUGUGGCAGCUGCUGAACCAACAGCAGCAGCAGUGCGCGCUGCUUCUGGAGGAGAAGAACAAGCUCAUUGGUGAACUGCAGCAGGAGCUGAAAAGCAAAGACGAGCGCUAUGUGCAGGCCAUUAAGAAGCAGUCGGAUGACAUCCACCUGCUUCUGGAGAGAAUGGAGGAACAGAUCAGGAUCGUGCUGAAAACUUACCGUCACAAACUGCAUCACAUUGAGAAAGCUUUUGAGCUCGAGCGGCGAGAGCUGCUGGACAGCAACAGGAAGAAGUGGGAGGAGGCCAUCCAGGCCCACAACACGAAAGAGCUGGAAUACCUGCAUGCCCGCAUGAGGAAGGUGGAAGAGUUUGAGAAACAGCUGAAGCAGCUGCGGGUGCAGGACGAAGAGGAGUAUAACAGCAUGAAGGUCCAGCUGGAGAAUGACGUGCAGAACCUGGAGAGGCAGCUCCAGCAGACGAAAGCCGCCUAUCAGCUGAACCAGGAGAAGCUGGAGUACAACCUUCAGGUGCUUAAGAAGCAGGAUGAGGAGAACACCAUCACCAGAGCCCAGCAGAAGAGGAAGAUCAACAGGCUCCGCAGCUUACUCAACAACCUGAGAACAAAACUGGACAAACAAGAGAAGCAGUUCAGGGAGGAGAACCGGAGCCUGGCAGCUGACUGCGAGCGCAUCACAGGACAGUGCAAGGAGGUGCAGAAGAGGAUGAGGCACUUCGCUGCUAGCGACGCUGAGAAGUUCACGGAGGUCUGGCUUAUGAACGAGGAGGAAGCCAAAUGGCUGAUGCGGAAAGCCCUCGAUGCAGAUCGCAUCAUUCACACCCAGCAGCUGGGGCUGCCCUGGGAAGAGCCUCGGUACCGGUUCCUCAACAACGUCGGCCCCCUCAGGCGUUACAAGGCAAAGAGGAUGGCGACCAAGCUGGCUGCUGAGGUCCUGGCAGAGAGCAGCUGUGGAGGAGAGGAGGAGAAGGAGGAAGAGGAGGAGAAGGAGAAAGAGGAGGAGAAGGAGGAAGAGGAGGAGAAGGAGGAAGAGGAGGAGAAGGAGAAAGAGGAGGAGAAAGAGAAAGAGGAGGAGAAGGAGAAAGAGAAGAAGGAAGAAGUGGGCAGUGGAGAAGGAGGAAAAGAAAACAUAGCAAAGGCUGAGGAGAAGGAAGAAGUGAGUGACAGAGAAAGAAGGAAAGAAAGCACAGCAAAGGCUGGGGAUAGAGUCACACCUCUGCAAAAUAUCUCCAAGAAGACUGCCAAGAGGAUCCUGGAGCUCAUGAGCGACGAGUCGGGUUUCCUCAUUGAGAGAAAGCUGCUGAGGCCGCUGCGCGCACUGGGAAAGCACGAACGCACCCUCCUGAGGCUCGACUCCAUCUUCUCGGCCCUCGAGAUCGACAGUGAGGAUGACCUGCACCAGCUGGUGGAUUUCUUCCUGAAGUACAAAGCCCAGGAGGCGGCUCUCAGCCAGGGAAGCCCAGGUGGAGAAGAUGUCACGGAUCUGGGGGAGGACAGAGCGGGCAGUGAGUCCGGUGCCCAGAGUGAUGAGCUCAAAGCUCCUCAGAGACCGCUGGGCUCCCUUCCGUCUGCGUACAUCCGCGCUGAUGAUGUCCUAAGGAUCCUGAAAGCGUUCGUUGUUCAGGGCUUUGACAAGCCGAGGGAGGAGGACAGGUCAGCAGAGGAGGUGCGACAGGUUCGGGACAGCUCCGAGGACGGGGAGUACUGGGAAGCCCUGGCACACGUUAUCCCAGAGACAACUCUGAAGCUGUGGGACGCGCUGGCGGCGGCACUGGAGGAAUAUUACAACGUCCUCACGCGGAGGGCCAGCCUGCUCGCCGAGCUGGACGAGCUGCAGCAGCAGAACGUGGAGCUGUGCCUGAUGCUGGAGCAGUACAGCACCUCCGGGGUGACCGGCAAGCUGCUGUCCCCACCCGUGCAGUGCCUGGAUCUGGAGCUGCUCUGCCCCGGGGGAGCACGGGGAGUGCCGGGGGCUCUUCUCUGCCCCAAGCUGAUGCUGCCGUGAGCCAGGGCUUCCUGGCCGGGGCUAAUAAACCUCUCCCACACCUGG